ACUCCGAACGUCUCUAUCUCUGAACCAGGAAGAAAUAAAAGAUGGAAGAGAAAGUAGAGAGAGAAUCAGUGUGACGAGAAAGAAAGCAAAUUGAGAUAAAAAAAAAGGGUAGACAGAGAGAGCAAGAAGUGGGUCUUUCUUACCCCUUUGCCUGAUCAAAGAAAAACCCACCAAGCACUCUCAGUCAUGGACGAGAGGAUCGUACUCAUGGAUGACAAGACAUGCCACCCAGUACCCAGGGAUGAAGAGACACUGGUUGUAAGGUCUAUAAGAGAGAUGCCACCUGCUCACUACACAUUCAAGAUCAAUUCAUUUUCACUAUUAUCGACGAUGCUAACAAGGAUUGGAGAGGAGAAACAUGAAUCUGAUAGUUUUGAAGCUGGUGGCUAUCUAUGGAGACUGUCACUCUAUCCUUAUGGGAGGAAAGAAAGAAAUGCAGAUGGAUACAUAUCGCUCUACUUGGUAAUUGCAGAAACCAAUACUCUACCUCUUGGUUGGGAAGUUAAUGUGAUAUUCAAAUUGUUUGUGUAUGAUCAAAUUCAAGACAAGUAUUUGACGUUUCAAGCUGACAAGGGCAGAGUAAAUCGCUUUCAUGGGAUGAAGACGGAGUGUGGUUUUGCUCAAUUGCUUUCCCUUAAUACCUUCAACAAUGCAUCGAAUGGAUACCUAAUCGAUGAUUCAUGCAUAUUUGGAGCUGAGGUUUUUGUUGUUAAGUGUACCGGCAAAGGAGAGUGUGUAUCCAUGGUAACGCUACCUGAUGACAAUAUUUUCACGUGGAAGAUUGAGAAUUUUUCAACUUUAUUUGAUGAAAAAUACUUGUCGGAAGCAUUCACGAGUGGAGAGCAUAUAUGGAAGUUAUCGAUUAAUCCAAGAGGAGUUUCAAACCAUAGGGGCGAAUAUCUAGCUCUGAAUAUACAUUUGGUUGAUCACAUACCUCUUCCUCCUGGAAGGAAAUUAUAUGUUGAAUAUAGGCUCUGCAUAAGGGAUCAAAUCCAUGGUCAACAUGAGGAACUGACGGAUAAUUCUUGGUUUGCUGCGACGGUCAAGUCUUGGACCUACAAAAAGUUCUUGUUAAUGACUGCUCUUCUUGACCCAUCAAGGGGCUUCCUGUUGAAUGAUACUUUGAUUGUUGAAGGACAAAUCAAAGUUGUAUCAGUAGUUAGGAAUUUCUCUUGAAUACCCAAAUGUGCUCUUAUUGUUCUUUGAAGUUAGUAAUGUUACUCUAUAUUAUGUUUUUAUUAGUAGAAGUUUGCACCUUACUGGUUUUUUCAAGUUA